UUUUGAACCGGAAGUGUGAAAUUUCACAAGAUUUUAUUUUCAUUUUUUCAUCUUUAGCCAAUAUUUUGUUAUUGACACAUAAGUUCCGCAUGUCAUAGUAGCUCAAAAUGAAGACACGCUUUAGUACUAUCGACAUAAGGGCUGUAGUUACAGAAAUCCAAGAGAAGCUACAAGGAAUGAGAGUGAAUAAUGUGUAUGAUGUCGACCACAAAACAUAUCUCAUCAAAUUACAAAAGCCGGAUCAGAAAGCUGUGCUUCUUAUAGAGUCUGGUAUUAGAAUACACACAACAGCGUUUGAGUGGCCGAAACAUACCACCCCAUCAGGUUUCUCAAUGAAGCUUAGGAAACAUUUACGUAGCAGGCGCCUUGAGAAAGUGGAACAGCUGGGAGUGGACAGGAUUGUUGAUUUGCAGUUUGGUUCUAGUGAGGCUGCAUACCACGUCAUCUUGGAGCUUUAUGAUAGGGGAAAUGUUGUCCUCACAGACCAUGAAUACACAAUAUUGAACAUUCUACGUCCCCGUACAGAUGAUAGCCAGGACGUCAGGUUUGCUGUUCGUGAGAAAUACCCCAUAGAGGGUGCUAAACAGCAACAACCCAUGCUUAGUAUAGAGAGACUGCAGGAGAUAAUGCUGGCUGGUAAAGAAGGAGAUAAUUUAAAGAAGAUCUUAAACCCACAACUCCCCUAUGGACCUGCUGUGAUUGACCACUGCCUGCUUGAGGUUGGACUGUCUGGGGGUGCUAAGAUAGGGAAAGGGUUUGAUCCAACUGAAGAUCUUCCAAAGCUUAUGCUUGCUCUAGAAAAGGCGGAGGAAAUUUUAAAGCAGAUAGGGACAUCAGCGUGCAAGGGUUAUAUUAUACAGAAGGCUGAAAAGAAAGCAGCAAAAACUGAAGGAGAGACUGGGGAAUUAUUGACAUACCAAGAAUUCCAUCCUCUUUACUACAAUCAGCACCAGAAGCAGCCAUAUGUUGAGCUAGAAUCGUUCGAUAAGUCAGUGGAUGAGUUUUAUUCUAAAAUAGAGAGCCAGAAAUUGGACCUUAAGGUUAUACAGCAGGAGAGGACAGCCUUGAAGAAAUUAGACAAUGUCAAGAAAGAUCAUGAAAAGAGACUUGGCAGUCUUCAGAAAGACCAGGACACUGACAAACUGAAGGCUGAGCUAAUUGAAGUGAACUUACAACUGGUUGAUAGAGCAAUUGCAAUAGUCAACAGUGCUUUAGCCAAUCAAAUAGACUGGACUGAGAUACAAAAUAUUGUGAAAGAAGCUCAGCUGCAAGGUGAUGCGGUUGCUAUGGCAAUCAAAGGCUUGAAGUUGGAUAGCAACCAUAUAACUAUGUUACUGAAAGAUCCAUAUUUGGACAGUGAUGAAGAAGGUGACCCAGAAACUACAUUGAAACCAAUGAGAAUUGACAUUGACCUUGCACUGUCUGCUUAUGCUAAUGCUAGGAAAUAUUUUGACAAGAAAAGAUUUGCUGCUAAAAAAGAACAGAAAACUAUUGAAGCUUCAACCAAGGCUUUGAAGAAUGCUGAGAAGAAAACCAAGGAAACAUUGAAAGAAGUUUCUACAAUAGCAACCAUCAACAAAGCUAGGAAAGUCUACUGGUUUGAAAAGUUUCUAUGGUUCAUAAGCAGUGAGAACUAUUUGGUAAUAGGUGGACGAGAUCAGCAACAGAAUGAACUUAUAUGGAAAAAAUACUUAAAACCAGGUGAUAUCUAUGUCCACGCUGACCUACAUGGUGCAAGCAGUGUGGUGAUAAAGAACCAUACGGGUCAGGAGGUCCCUCCCAAAACAUUGAAUGAAGCAGGCACAAUGGCUGUGUGUAACAGUGCUGCAUGGGAUGCCAGAGUGGUCACCAGUGCUUGGUGGGUCCAUCAUAACCAAGUUACCAAGACAGCACCUACUGGGGAAUACCUCUCCACUGGAAGCUUUAUGAUAAGAGGCAAGAAGAAUUUCCUGCCACCAUGCUAUCUGGUCUAUGGAUUUGGUUUUCUUUUCAAACUAGAUGAUACAUGUAUAUUCCGUCACAAGGAUGAGAGGAAGGUUCGAACUUUGGAAGAAGAUGCUAUGUCAGUUGCUGAUUCCAUAGCAACUGAAAAUAGUGAAGUUUCCAUAGAAACUGAUGAUGUAACAAAUGAUGAUGGAGAUGACAGUGAUAGUGAGGCUGAUGAUGAACAUGCAUCCACUGAAGAUAGGACUUCAAAUAGUAAUACAACUCCUAGUCAGGAUGGUGAAAGUGAAACUAAAUCCCUUGAAAAUAUUGACACAGAAUCAAACAAUGCUUGUGAAAACAAUGAUGCAAAGUCAAACACAACUGAAAUUGAUGAAAAGGAAUCAGAAGAUCAUGUUACCAUGGAAACCAAACCAGAAAAAAAUGAUAGUGAUGAUGAUGAUGAUGAUGAGAAUUUGUUUCCUGAUACUAACAUUCAACUUCAUCAUGUACAAGGAGAUAAAUAUGAGCUUCAGCGUUUCACGAGUCACACAGAGGAGCAGAGUGAAGAUGUUGUCUAUUUUGGUGACAAUAAACCUGUGCCUAUCAUUAACACAGAAAUGGGCAAAAACACAAGUAGGAUGACCGCCAAACAGAAAAGAGAUUUAAAGAAAAAGAAGAAACAAGGAGGCGGAAAUAUUGAAGAUACAAGUGAUAAACCACAAAUCCCUGAUGAAUCCACUGAGAGUAUAAAAACAUCUCUGAAAGAAGACGUCUCAGAACUUGACAUAGAAGUGGAAGAUUCUGUGAAAACAAAGAACACUGAACCACAGCAACAGCAGCAGCCAAAACGAGGACAAAAGGCAAAGUUAAAAAAGAUUAAAGAGAAAUAUAAAGACCAAGACGAAGAAGAAAAGCGACUAAAGAUGGAGUUACUUGCUUCUGCAGGGUCAAAGAAGGAGGAGGUUCCCAAGAAAGGGAAGAAGGGAAAAUUAUAUAAACAGCAGAUGAAACAACAGCUGCAACAGCAGCAGAAACAGCAGCCUGUUAACAAACAACAACAACAACAGCAGCAAAAACGUGGGCCUAAGCAACUUAGUGAUAUACUGGUCAAAACUGAAGAGCUGCAAAUUGCAGAUCCUAGCCAAACUCCAGUAGAUGAUGGUGCUGACUCAGAUGAUGAGAGACAAGGAGCACUUGAGGAGGAACAGGCCAAAGUGCUAGAAGAUGCCUCCACUGUUGACUCUCUCACUGGUAUUCCUGUCACAGAAGAUGAACUCCACUUCUGUGUACCUGUAUGCGCCCCCUAUAGUGCAAUGACAAACUACAAGUACAAGGUGAAACUGACCCCUGGUACACAGAAAAGAGGAAAAGCUGCCAAGACAGCUCUUAACAUUUUCCAACAUGAGAAGUACACGGGACAAAGGGAGAGGGACCUUUUCAAAAGUGUUAAGGACACAGAUCUAUCCAGGAACAUGCCAGGGAAAGUGAAGGUGUCGGCACCAAACCUUCAGAGGGCUAAGAAAAAAUAGACUAAAUACUCUACAGCUUGUGUAGUAAUAGCUUAAAAAGGCUUGAUUAAUGGAACUAAUGAUGUCACUUACUGUUCCAAAUAUGAGUUUGUACAGUACAAAA